GCGAGGCCAAUAUGGCUUCUUACACCUGGUGACGGUUGAAGAAACGGUGUUAGGUCUCAUGGAGAAACCCCGGGGCAUCGAGGAGACUCCAUCUUCAGAACCAAUGGAGGAAGAAGAGGAAGAUGACUUGGAGCUCUUUGGUGGCUAUGACAGUUUCCGGGCUUACAACAGUAGUGUGGGCAGUGAGAGCAGCUCCUACCUGGAGGAGUCAAGUGAAGCAGAAAAUGAGGAUCGGGAAGCUGGGGAGCUGCCCACCUCCCCACUGCAUUUGCUCAGCCCCGGGACUCCCCGCUCUUUGGAUGGCAGUGGUUCUGAACCAGCUGUCUGUGAGAUGUGUGGUAUUGUGGGCACAAGAGAAGCCUUCUUCUCCAAGACCAAGAGGUUCUGCAGCGUCUCCUGCUCCAGGAGCUACUCCUCCAACUCCAAGAAAGCCAGUAUCUUGGCUAGAUUACAGGGAAAACCACCCACCAAGAAAGCCAAAGUCCUACACAAAGCUGCUUGGUCGGCCAAGAUUGGAGCCUUCCUCCACUCCCAAGGGACGGGACAACUAGCAGAUGGGACACCAACUGGACAAGACGCGCUGGUCUUAGGUUUCGACUGGGGGAAGUUCCUGAAGGAUCACAGUUACAAGGCUGCUCCCGUGAGCUGCUUUAAACACGUCCCGCUGUAUGACCAGUGGGAGGAUGUGAUGAAGGGGAUGAAGGUGGAGGUGCUCAACAGCGACGCGGUGCUCCCCAGCCGGGUGUACUGGAUCGCCUCUGUCAUCCAGACAGCAGGGUAUCGGGUGCUGCUCCGGUAUGAAGGCUUUGAAAAUGACGCCAGCCAUGACUUCUGGUGCAACCUGGGAACCGUGGAUGUCCACCCCAUUGGCUGGUGUGCCAUCAACAGCAAGAUCCUGGUGCCCCCACGGACCAUACAUGCCAAGUUCACUGACUGGAAGGGCUACCUCAUGAAACGGUUGGUGGGCUCCAGGACCCUCCCUGUGGAUUUCCAUAUCAAGAUGGCAGAGAGCAUGAAGUACCCCUUCAGGCAGGGCAUGCGGCUGGAGGUGGUGGACAAGUCCCAGGUGUCACGUACUCGCAUGGCCGUGGUGGACACAGUCAUUGGGGGCCGCCUGCGACUCCUUUACGAGGAUGGUGACAGUGACGAUGAUUUCUGGUGCCACAUGUGGAGCCCCCUGAUUCACCCAGUGGGCUGGUCACGGCGUGUCGGCCAUGGCAUCAAGAUGUCAGAGAGACGCAGUGACAUGGCCCACCAUCCCACCUUCCGGAAAAUCUACUGUGAUGCGGUUCCUUACCUCUUCAAGAAGGUACGAGCUGUCUAUACAGAAGGUGGCUGGUUUGAGGAAGGGAUGAAGCUAGAGGCCAUUGACCCCUUGAAUCUGGGCAAUAUCUGCGUGGCAACCAUCUGCAAGGUUCUCCUGGAUGGCUACCUGAUGAUCUGUGUGGAUGGGGGGCUCUCCACAGAUGGCUUGGACUGGUUCUGUUACCACGCCUCGUCCCAUGCCAUCUUCCCAGCCAACUUCUGCCAGAAGAAUGACAUUGAGCUCAUACCCCCUAAAGGGUACGAGGCACAGACUUUCAACUGGGAGGCCUACUUGGAAAAGACCAAGUCAAGAGCAGCCCCAUCAAGACUCUUUAACAUGGACUGCCCCAACCACGGCUUCAAGGUGGGCAUGAAGCUGGAGGCUGUGGACCUGAUGGAGCCCCGGCUCAUCUGCGUGGCCACCGUGAAGCGGGUGGUGCAUCGUCUCCUCAGCAUCCACUUUGACGGCUGGGACAGCGAAUAUGACCAGUGGGUGGACUGCGAGUCCCCGGACAUCUACCCCGUUGGCUGGUGUGAGCUCACCGGCUACCAGCUCCAGCCCCCCGUGGCCACAGAGCCAACCACACCUCUGAAGGCCAAAGAGGCCACGAAGAAGAAAAAGAAACAGUUUGGAAAGAAAAGGAAAAGAAUACCGCCAACCAAGACCAGGCCCCUCAGACAGGCAUCCAAGAAGCCCCUGCUGGAGGACGACCUGCAGGCCGCAGGGAAGAUCUCGUCUGAGCCCGUUCCUGAUGAGAUCGUCGCUGCACAGGUGAAGGAGGAGCACCUGGACACGGCCACGCCCGACAAGGCUGCUAGUCCCAAGCUGCCUGUCCCCAUUGAGGACAUCAAGCAGGAAACAGACGACUGACCUUCCCCUUGCCAGCCUGGCCACCAACUAGAAGCCAGGUAGGGCUUCUCCAGUGCCACCACCCUCCACCCCACUGGAGUUUGGAGAUAGCCUUUUUGGAGAAAUUGUGCAUGAUGCUGGGGGUCCAGGCCCUGAAGGACCAGCCUGAGUUCCCUUGACCCACCAUCCUCCUCUUUGGUGAGGCCCACGUGACUGGGUUGCCUGAGGCCCCCUAAACGUGUCUGCGAGUGACUGCCUCUCCAGCUAAGAGUUCCCAAAGCUUGAACACUAACUGCCUGGGCUGUGUGCUGUCCCCUGUGGCAGCUCCCCUCACCCUCACCAUUGCCUCAACUGCCAGGGCCUGGGAGCCACGCCAGUCACCCCGGAAGACAGGACAGCUAGGGAGCUGUGUGUAAAUAAAGGCCUGUGCAGCUUUCUGCUCUCAGGGGAGAAGGUUGCCUGAUUGACAGUAAGGGUUGUGACAUGAGAGGUGUGACGGGUGCAGCCUGGCCUUACGCCAAGCAGAAUUGCCUCUCUCGCCUCCUGGUUGGUGCUCUGCUCCUCUGGGCCCCCUGGGAGGCCCAGGCACCCCACACAGGGACCCAGCUCCAGCAGGCAGCAGAGAAGCGGUGAGUUGCAGUGGUCUGUGAGGCUGUCUUAACUUGUUUUCCCGGGUGGCCUGAGCACUGACUCCCAUGUCCUAAAAGGAGCCGUGGCAGGGGGCCUGGGCUUCCCCCGGCACAGGGACUUGGAGGGGUCUAUGGAGGGAAAUGCCACACCAGCCCCUGUGCUGUGUGGCAGACUUGGCGUUGGUGCCGGUGACUUAGGCCAGCACCUUGCUGCCAGGGGCAGCAGGAUUAGAAGGUGAGCUGGGCCCAUGUGCACUAGGGGAGUCCAGCCACGAGGGAGAGUUAGCCCCAGCACUGAGCCUAACCUGCUUUGGAACCUAGCUGGGGCAGGACUUGUCAUUUCUACUUCCCUCUUCCCAUUAACCAGGGGUCAGGUAUGGUCUUGCAAGAGAGUCCUGAAGUAGGGGAGUGGUCAGCGCCACUGGUGGAGGUGGGCCUGAAGAGAGCGUUGGUUCCCCUCCCUCACCAGUGCCUCCUAGAGGGAGAACGGGUAGGGCACUGACAGGGUGCACUUCUGCUUAUUCCUUAAUAGAUUCUGAUUCUCCCUGCUCCUCUGAAACCACAUUCUAGAAGUUUACCUAGUGUCAACCCAAAUUCCAGUUGCUGUUACAUUUCCCAGUCUUCUGAAACUCCUCUCUGUGAUCAAUCCCAUCUUCAGUAAUUCCUCUUCCUGGAGCCUAAGAUGGGGCCUGUGUGUCUUCACCCCUCUCCUUUCCUGUAUUCUUGAGAAGAGGUGGCCCUACCUGCAGUGAGUCCCUACGUCCCUCAGAGCAGAGAGCUGUGUUGGUGUGGCCAGCUGCUUUCCGGGCCUCCUGCUGCCCCUCAAACCUGGGCGGGUUUAGAGAGAACGUGAUUCUAUCUCCUUUGGCAAAAGCACUAGGCAGCCCCACACGGUGCAGAAACCAGGCCCAGAAAGAGGCCUAUUGGUGUAGCCCAGAAAGCUUGAAAAUGACUAGGUGUUAAAACAGUAGACAGGGCUGUUCCCACCCAUCUCACACACACCAGCUCCAAGACUUGGGCAGUGACAGUGUUGGCAUUAGCUUCUUUGGAGGCAGGAUAUUGGAAGGAAGAUGGCCUGGAUUUGAACUUUGGCUCUGCUGCCUGCUCAGCCCUGCUUUUGCUCAGUGAUGUGCCCAGCUAAAAAAUCAUCUUCCCAGGUUCUCCUGCAGUUAGGGGAUUCAGUUCUGACUGAAGGGCUUCUGGGUAAACGGCUGAUGUGCCAUCUGGCCUUGGUUCCUUCUUCCUGAGUUAAGAAGCAGUGCCCAGAGGUGCCAUGAGCACAAGAGCCACAUGGUAAGGAUGGCGGAGCAGGAGGAUGUGUUUGGCUGCCACUGUAGCCCUGGACUGACCUCCCCAGACCUCCUAACUUCUUGUCAUAUGACACAGAUCCUUACUCUUUGAAGUCUACUCUGUUAGCUUUCUGACUUGCAGCAUAGUCUUCUAAUGUACCAGCUUGGUAUUGUUAUGAAGUGUGCACUGAACGAUAAGAAUAAAUGUUACCUGCUGUCAUCUCUUCAGCUCCAUUGCCACAUACCGUACUGUCCUUAUUUACAUCCCCCCUGCAAGUCUAGGAGUUCCCCAAAGGUAGAGCCUGUGUCUUCUCUAUGUC